ACAGGGACCGCAGAGCAAGGGAUGACAACUACUCUCCACACCGAUCUAGAUCUAUUUCCAGAUCGGUCUCUCCACGCAGUGAGAGAAACCAAAGGUCUUCAAGGCGAUCUAAAUCCAUGUCUAGAUCCCCUCCUCCAAAUGAUGAUAGAAAGCACCAGUUGAGCAAGUCCCCAAGUCCGAGUGAAAAUGGCCGGAGUGCUCAUGAUGAGGAGUAUGCACGCCGCAGAUCAGAGAGUCCUAAAGUGACUGCUCGCCCCUCCAGAUCUCAUUCUCGAUCUUACAGGUGUGUGCCAUCAAUUUUCAACAUUUGA